UCGGAAAUGGCUAGUGGCUGCAGAGGCUUGGGUGGGACCGGCUGCUCGAGAGCCAGUCUGGCCAGUGGCUCGUUCGUUCGGCCCCAGCAGAGCCAGUGUUGGCGUCUGUGUGACUUUUCUCUUUCGCAGCCGGUCUGUCGGCACGGGGACACAGCUGCUGGCACCGUAGCUGUCCCUGAAGGCUCGCAGGUUCCGGGCCGUGUGUCACUUCCGGGCCCCAGGAGGAAGUGGGUUGGUUGACUGGGCAACCGCCCGGCGUCCCUUCGCCCCUGGGUCGCGACUCCGCCAAGUUUCAGCGACGGGACGAAAACCACCCUUUGUGGUCAGACCCAAGAAGCUAGGACAGGGACUCGACCUUUGUCGCAUAGUGUCGUUCGUCGUCCACUCUCCGCCUGCUACGAGCAGGGGAGUGGUUUACUUCGGAUCGGGAGUUGAAAUGCGUUUGAUAACCCGAAGUCGAGGAACAGACCUUGGACACGAACUUCUUGUACCCUUGCUCUGUUUUUCCCAGCACGUCACUAAUCCGAUGAUUUCAAGGAAUCCACUUCAAGAGUGACUUCUGUGGCCUGUAGCGUGUAGCGACAUUUAAGUCUCUGUUGUUGAAUGCAUAAAUUUGUUCUCUGAAUCCAUAUGAUUGAUAGGGCCGAUCUCUUAGUGGGAAUAAAGCUGAUACUGAUUGUCGCUGUGUGCCAGUUACUGCACCAGAUCCAGGACAUUAUAUGAAGUAAAACUGAUUUUUACAGAUAAAAGUAACUUGUCCAGUUAGUUGAAUGGGGGAAUUUUUGUCUCCUAAGCCUGUUACUUUAGAAACAUUAAAGGAAAUUGAUGAUGUCUAUGAAAAAUAUAAGAAAGAAGAUGACUCAAACCAGAAAAAACGCCUACAGCAGCAUCUCCAGAGAGCUUUAAUCAAUAGUCAAGAAUUGGGAGAUGAAAAAAUUCAGAUUGUUACACAAAUGCUUGAGUUGGUGGAAAAUCGUGCGAGACAAAUGGAGUUACAUUCACAGUGUUUCCAAGAUCCUGCUGAAAAUGAACGAGCCUCAGAUAAAGCAAAGAUGGAUUCCAGUCAACCAGAAAGAUCCUCGAGAAGACCCCGCAGACAGCGUACCAGUGAGAGCCGCGAUUUAUGUCACAUGACAAAUGGGAUUGAAGACUGUGAUGAUCAGCCACCUAAAGAAAAGAAAUCCAAGUCAGCCAAGAAAAAGAAACGUUCCAAGGCCAAGCAAGAAAGGGAAGCUUCCCCUGUUGAGUUUGCAAUAGAUCCCAAUGAACCUACAUACUGUCUGUGUAACCAAGUGUCUUAUGGGGAAAUGAUAGGGUGUGACAAUGAACAGUGUCCAAUCGAGUGGUUUCACUUUUCAUGUGUUUCACUUACCUACAAACCAAAGGGGAAAUGGUAUUGUCCAAAGUGCAGGGGAGAUAAUGAGAAAACAAUGGACAAAAGUACUGAAAAAACAAAAAAAGAUAGAAGAUCGAGGUAGUGAAGGCCGUCCACAUUUUAAAGGGUUAUUUGUCUUUUAUAUAAUUCGUUUACUUUCAGAAAAUGUUUUAGGGUAAAUGCAUAAAGACUAUGCAAUAAUUUUUAAUCAUUAGUAUUAAUAGUGUAUUAAAAGUUGUUGUACUUUG